UGAACUUGCAACUGACUUGAAUUUGCAGAGACGUUUGGACGUCUGUAAGUCUAGCAGGAGCCUUCCUCUGUCCUUUGCUCAUUCCCCUAUUCUCAGGUCUCGGAGCUUCUCGAAACGUCGCGGUUGAGCAACUUAAUGCACGGAUCUUGCUCACCUUUUUUACAACCACCGGAGCUACUCCGAGCUACUGCUUUUGGGGCUAUCGGAAACCCUUUUUCCUAGACCUCAACGCAGACCAAGCAUACACAGUAGGACUAACAGGCAACUAAGGCGAGAAAGGCCUGCAAACUCGUUUCGAUAGGAUUUGCCUAGGCGUUACCUUUUCGGCAUUAUCGACAGCGGAUCACAAUGGGGAAGGACUACUAUAAAAUCCUUGGCGUGUCCAAGGACGCUGAUGAGAACCAAUUGAAGAAGGCCUAUUACAAGUUGGCCCAAAAAUGGCACCCCGACAAGAACCCCAACAACGCCGCUGCUGCCACGGAGAAGUUCAAGGAGAUCUCCGAGGCGUACGACGUGCUGUCGGAUCCGCAGAAGCGCACCAUCUACGACCAGUUCGGAGAGGAGGGGCUCAAGGGCGGAGUGCCCAACGGCGCGGGGGCUGGCGGGCCGGGCGGCGGCGCGGGCGGCUUCCCGGGCGGUGGGGCCUACCACUUCGACAACGACAUGGCGGAGAG